GCCUUUUGACUUUGACAGUUGACGUUUUAGAAGCGCGUUUGUGUCGAGUUUACCCUCGCGGUUUCUUAUGUAAAAUAUAAAUAAAAGUGAGGUUCUACAGUUUAAAAACUAACCAUUUUAAAGUUAUUAUGAAUUAAACAAAUUCUGACGAAAAAAUCAUGUCAAACAACAACACUAACAUUAAUCAAACAAUAGCUGAUUUAUUAACGACGUUGAAGCCGCAUAAGUUAAAAUUAAGCAUGAAUUCGACGCCGGUAAAGCGCAGUUCAAGUUCUAUGAAUAACACCAAUAGUCCAACUGAAGAAACGCCGGCAAAAAGGUUAAAAGUUGAGAGUAUUUUAGAUGUAUCUUAUGAAGAGUCUGCACAGGAAGUAAGAAGGAUGCGUUUGAAUCUAUUAUCAACAAGAAAUCGUAUAAUGAUUCUAGAAAAUCAAAUUGAACAUAUGCAUACUGUUAGAAAAGAGAUGCAAAUUAUGUUUGAUAACGAAACGGCAAUUUUACGAGCUCAAGUUCAACAGGAUUCGAAAAAUAUAGAAGAUUUAGAAAGUCAAUUGCAAAAUACAAGAAAAAAGGAAAUUGAAUUAAAAAAGGAACUUGCUGAUGUAAAAUUAGAAUUGAGUGCUUUUAAAACCGAAGCUACUGCAAAAAUUGAUGCUUUAAAAAAAGAUAUGAUGAAUAUUUCUUCUGAGAAAAACAUACGAGAAAUUGAGGAUGUCGAAGAGAUUAGGAAGUUUAAAAAAGAAUUGGUUGAAAUUGAGGCUUUAUAUAAGAUGGGUCAAGAAGAACUUGAAGUUCAAAAGAAAGUAGUAGUAGCUUUGGAAAGUAAAGUUGCAUCUUUAAGUCAAUUGCAACAAAAUUUUGAGAUGAAAGAAGUUAAAUUACAAAAGGCGUUGCAGGAUUUAAAAGAUUUGGAAUAUAUUAAAGAAACUUAUGAAGAAAUUCAACGACAAGCAAAAACUCAACAGCAUAAAUUAAGCACAUUUGGCACGUUAGAAGCAGAAAAUAAACGUUUAAUAGAAGAAACAAAAAGGCUCAAAGAUGAAGUCCACAAUAAAUUAAUUUUGGAAGAAGAAGUUCAUGAUUUGCGAAAUCGCCUUGUUACAUUUAAAGAACAUGAAAGGAAAUUAGCUUCUUUACAAGUUGAUAAAGCUCAGUGUGAAGUACAUCUCACAGAAUGGAGAAUGUUGGCUAGUUCUAUAUGUGAGACUUCCGCCCCGGAUACUUCAUUACAACACAUGUUACGAUCAUUAGUUGAAAGACUCCAACACCAAGAGAUUAAUUUAAUGUCUGAAAAAAUGGAAUUGGAACAACAAUAUAAAACAGUUUCUCAUGAUUCCAAAGUAGCUCACUCAGAAUUAGAAAAAAAUCGAAAACUUGUAUCUGAUUUACAAACAAACAAUCAACAACGUCAAAAUCUCAUUCACAGGAUGCAAAAGAAACUUCAAUUGAUCAGUAAAGAACGCGAUAGUUAUCGUAAACAAUUAGAUUCGUACGAGAAGGAUUUAACAAUUUGUAUGACCCCAGCUAGUUCAGCUCAACCCGGAGCAGGCCAAUUUCAAUCACAAAAAGAACGAAUCGAUAAUCUAGAACAAAUCGUAGAUGGUUACAAGGAAUUAAUUGCAAAAUUGGAGUCUGAUUUACAAAAAGCUGAACCCACUGCUUAUACAGAACCGACUGUUUCAAUGAAAACUGAACAAAUGAAUCGAUUAAAAUUGGAAGUUGAACAAUUAAAAUCUGAAAAUGUUAUGUUGCGUGAUCGAAAAGAUCAAUUAGAAAUACAACUUGAACAUUUGUUGGUUGGGCAAGAUGUUGUAAAAGAAACAGAGAAAAUUAUCCAUCCCAUUAAAAAUCCUUUAAGCGCUCAUAUCGAAAAAGUUAGCAAAGAAAAAGAAAAAUUACAAGAAGAAGUUGAAAAAUUGAAAAGAAAAAUACGUAAUUUAGAAGAGGGACUGGAGCAAAGCAAGUUAAACGAAUCCGUUAUUAACACAAAGGAAGUAAAUUCAUUACGAGAACAAGUAAAAACUUCUGAGAUUCAAGUUCAACGUUUAAAAGAUUAUUUUAAAUCUUCUAUGCAAGAAUUUAGAAACGUUAUUUACAUGAUGAUGGGUUAUAAAGUGGAUAAAAGUUCGAAUUCUAAUUAUAAGUUAACAAGUAUGUAUGCAGAAAGACCAGAAGAUCAAGUUUGUUUCCAAUUAAAUACAGAAGGAGGGUUGGAUUUACUUGAAAAUCAAUUCAGCACGAGUUUAGUUGAACUUAUCGAUUUACAUUUAAGGCAACAAAAUUCAAUUCCUGUAUUUUUGAGUGCUUUAACGAUGGAAUUAUUCAAUAAUCGUACCGUUACGAAAACUUAUGCUAUUAAUGAUGAUGAAGAAGAUGACGAUGAUUAAUAUAAUUAAUAAAUAAUAAUUAACAUCGUGUUUUUAAUAUAAUAAAAAAGACGGAACAAGAAACGUUUUUUUGGCCCAUUAACACGAAGAUUUUCAGUUAUUACUACUAUUUAUAUAGUUAUAUUUUGUUCUAAUUUCGAUUAAGUUUAGUUAAGAGUUUGUUUUAGGGGUUGCUUCAAUUUAUUUUUUAAUAAUAAAAAUAAUACACAUUCA